AUGCCGCCAAUCUUUCUGCUGCUGUGUCUUCUUCCUGGUUACUUGGAAGGUGCUCGCAUCCUGGCAGUGUUUCCCUUGCCAAGUCCCUCGCAUUACUUUUUCGCCUUGCCCUACCUUAAGAGUUUGGCCUCCCUGGGCCACGAAAUAACCAGUGUAAGUCCGUAUCCACAAAGGGAACCGUUUCGGAAUAUACACGAUAUUCCAGUUCCGGAGGUUUUCGAAAACUUUAAUGAGGUCCUUAGGAUUGCAUCUACUCCAAGGAGCAUCUGGCAAAGUAGUGAUUUCAUCAACGAAUAUGUCCUUAAUCUUACGAAGACAGUGCUGAAUAACGAGGCCGUACGUCGCGAUAUUCUAGGCCCACAGAAGCCCCAUUUCGAUCUUGUGAUAAUGGAUCUCUGGCGAAUCGACGUGCUCAGUGGCCUGGCUGCCUAUUUCGAUGCCCCCAUCAUCGGAAUGGCUUCCUAUGGCACCGACUGGAAGAUUGACCAACUGAUGGGCAACGUCUCACCGAUUUCGUACCUGCAGUCUCCCUCUUCUCGGUUCUACGAUCUGGAGGCCUAUGGACAGCGCUUGUCACACCUGGUGGAGCGAACUAUUUCUUAUAUCAACUAUAAAUGGCGGCAUGUGAGAAAACAGGAGACUCUUUAUAGGCAAUUUUUCCCCAGCAUCGCUGAGCGGAAACCCUUGUCAGAGAUAUUCCGGAACUUUGCCUUGGUCCUCGUCAAUCAGCACUUCACACUAGGUCCUCCCCGUCCUUAUGUUCCGAAUAUGAUCGAGGUGGGUGGUCUGCAUGUCGAUCAGAACCCAGAAGCUCUGUCCGCCGAACUGGACCAGUUUAUCCAAGGUGCUGGUGAAUCUGGGGUAAUCUAUUUCUCACUGGGAACCAAUGUCAAAAGCAAAUCCCUAUCCGAGGAUCGCCGAAGGGUAUUGCUCGAGACUUUCGCCAGCUUGCCACAGCGAAUCCUUUGGAAGUUCGAAGAUGAGCAGCUGCCAGGAAAACCCCCCAAUGUUUUCAUUAGUAAGUGGUUUCCGCAGCAGGCCAUCCUGGCCCAUCCCAAUGUAAAACUCUUUAUAACCCACGGCGGGCUACUGAGCACCAUAGAGAGCAUUCAUCAUGGAAAGCCCAUGUUGGGGUUGCCCUGUCUCUUUGAUCAGUUCCGAAAUAUGGAUCAUGUCAAGCAAGUGGGUCUUGGCUUGGUCCUCAACAUAAAGCAAAUGACUAGUGAGGAUUUUAGCUCCACCAUUAUACGGCUGCUAACGAACAAGAGUUUCGAAGAAACGGCAAGGAUCACGGCUGCCAGGUAUCGGGAUCAACCAAUGAAGCCCAUGGAAACGGCGAUCUGGUGGACCGAGUAUGUCCUGUCUCACAAGGGAGCGGCUCACAUGCAAGUCGCCGGCAAGGACUUGGGCUUUGUAAGGUACCACAGCCUGGAUGUCUUCGGUACCUUUUUGGUUGGCGCUUUAGUUAUCCUGGGAAUUGUUACAUGUCUUUUGGUAAUGACCUUAAGGAAAUUGCUCUUUUUAGUAAAAAGGGUCAAAUCUGAGGUAAUUAAGAAGAAGAUUACGUAA